AUGAACGCAAUCAUCGCCGUGUUGCUCCUGGUCGCCUCCACGAGCGGCCAGUUCCUCAAUCAGGAGCCCAUUCCACUGGCCUAUUACCGCGACUCUGUGCCCGUUCACGAGGAGCCACCACUCGCGCACCCCGCGGUGGUGGAAAACUCCCUCAGGGAGCAGCAAUACCCGCCGGAGCUCACCAACAACUUCUACAAGAACCCGCGCAUCGCCGACGCUCUGGCCAAGGAAUCCUGGUUCACGGACAAGGAGAUGCCAGUGUACGAGCGAGAGGCCGACAAAAUCCCGCGCGGCCAAAUCGUGAAGAUCCUGAAGAACGCCGGCCUGGCCAGAAGGCGACGAUAA